CCAACGGGAGCUCAUUCAAGUUUGGUAACUGACAGCGGACACAUCAUCACAAAAUGAGUACAGAAAAGUGGGAAGACAACGAGGAAAUCAAAAUAUUCCGGGAAUACCUAAGGAUAGCAACUGUGCAACCAAAUGUGGAUUACACUGAAUGCGUGGAGUUCCUGAAGAAACAGGCUCAUAGCCUGGAUCUUCCGGUUGAUGUCAUAUAUCCUGUAGAGAAGAAGCCCGUGGUGAUCAUUAAGUGGCUAGGAACCGAACCGGAACUACCCUCCAUUAUUCUAAACUCGCACAUGGACGUUGUUCCAGUGUUCCGUGACAAGUGGACCCACGAUCCCUUCGCCGCUGAUAUAGAUGAGGAGGGAAGGAUCUUUGCUCGUGGUACUCAGGACAUGAAGUCCGUGGGCACAGGAUAUCUUGGGGCCAUUCGCCUGCUUAAGGCCAGUGGUGUCAAGCCCAAGCGCAACUUUUUCGUGACCUUUGUGCCCGAUGAGGAGAUUGGCGGUGAACUGGGCAUGCAGGAGUUCGUUAAAACCGAAUACUUUAGCAACUUGAAUGUUGGACUCAGCCUCGACGAGGGUGGCACCAGCGAAAUCGAUCUGUUCUAUGUGUUCUAUGCCGAGCGCAUGCGAUGGGGUCUCAAACUGAACUUCAGUGGAACUUCCGGACAUGGUUCGUUGCUCCUGCCCAGCACUGCUGGCGUGAAACUGAACUAUGUGCUGAAUAAGCUGUCGGAGUUCCGCGAAUCGCAGGUCCAGCGUCUGGCGAAGGAUCAGACCAUAAACAUUGGUGAUGUGACCACCAUUAAUCUCACCCAGCUGAGUGGCGGAGUCCAGAGCAACGUGGUGCCACCUCACUUCGAGGCGGUCUUCGACAUGCGCCUGUCCAUCACCCUAGACGUGGUGGCCUUUGAGAAGCAGAUCCACGAUUGGUGCGAGGAGGCAGGUGGCGGCAUUGAGAUCUCCUACGACGAGAAGGAGCCCUACGUGGCACCCACCAAGAUUGAUGACUCCAAUCCGUUUUGGCUGGCCUUCAAAGCUGCCACCGAUGAACUUGGCCUGAAGAUCUACCCCAUUGUCUGCCCCGGUGCCACCGACAGCAGGAAUAUUCGUGCUCGGGGCAUUCCAGCUUUGGGAUUCUCACCCAUUAAGAAUACUACAAUGCGCAUCCAUGACCACGAUGAAUAUUUGGGAGCCGAGACUUAUUUGAAGGGCAUUCAAAUAUACAAGAAAAUUCUGGGCAACCUGGCCGAAGUCUGAAAAAUUAAUUCGAAAUAAUGCCUGAGAACCUUAUCAAAAUAAAGAUUAAUGAUUUUGUUAUAAGUUGACAUACAAA